AUGCUGUUACACGCGCACACUGCGCUCGUGACAAGAUACUGAAGGCACGCAGAACGCAGGCCUUUUUCGCUAACCGGAAGCGGAAGGCCGAGAACAAAGGGGACUCGCGUUCGCCUAUAGGCGGUCUUUAUUUGGUGAAGACCGAGAACUUUGCGAGCGCUGCGCACCGCGCGCGAAAGUGGACAGCGCCUUGGGCUGGGCCGUUCGUGUGCACGGGUUACACUCCUGCAACAUCGACGUACACGUACAGCUCGGCGCUCGAUACGCGAACAGGAACAUACACCCAGGUGGGUAGCCAAUGAUCAGGAGCGGUUUCCGAACCGUCUUUUCAACCCGAAGCCAUUGUUCCCGAUCGACGGAGUCAAGUUGUUGACGGCUCUCCCGGAGUGA